AUGAUUCGAAAUUCAUCCCGAGGCUCCAGCCUCCACCUGGCUGUACCCCUCAACCCGACCGAACGACCUUCGCCACGCGACAGUUCAAUGUCGCAGCUGCUGUCGCAAUCCUCGCCGCAGAGCCCAUGGUCGUCGCAGCACCACCAUGCGCGAGGAUUGUGGCGAGCAAUCGUCGCAAGCAAAUCGGAUUGGUUGCUGUUCCUCGGCUUGCUCCCAGUCAACGUCGUUCUCUCGCUCUAUCUGCCUCCCUAUCAGCGCUUCAUCCCGCCUGAAACCCUUCACUCUCCGCGGUAUCCCGUGGUUGACAAUGCAGGGGCAACCUUUUUUACAACCGCUUCAGUGUUGGCUCCCCUCCUUGCAUUCCUGCUGGUGCUGCUCCCUCAAAGGAACCUGCUCGAGCUGCACAAGUCCAUACUCGGGCUACUCUCAGCCGUACAAACCACCUGGCUGGCCGCUACUCUCCUCCAGUGCGCCAUCGGCCGGCCUCGCCCCAGCUUCCUCACAGCCUGCUUGCAAGGCACCCAACCAGUAGUCUCCCCGCCAGCGGGUGUCACCUGUGUGCCACCGCCCACCGACCUCUACUAUUUCCGCAAGAGCUUCCCCUCCGCCCAUGCAGCAGUCAGCUUUUCAGCAGCAGUCUUCCUCCUCCUCUUCCUCUCCCGAACCAUCCAGCGAUCAUUUCCCCAGCGGCCCUCUCCCCUUGAUUCACCCAGCCACCGCCCCUCCCAUCGUCACAAUCACUCACCCCAGCACCGCACUCAAUCACACCAGGAAUGCAAUCAACCCCUCCAGCAUCCCCAUCAAUCACACCAGUCCCCAGGGCACCCAAAUGCCAAUGCAACAUCCUCCCCUCACAAUCUUUUGGUGAUCGCUACACCCUCUCCUCACAACAACUUCACUGCCGCCCGCCUACGGGACUCCCUCCGCGCAAGCCACCUCUGGCGCGUGCCAGCUGUCGCGUGGCCAUUGGCCCUCGCGGCUGGUGCGGGGCUCGCUGACCUGGACACGUACAGCAACGCGCCGGGAGACAUCCUAGCUGGCGUGGCUCUAGGAACCCUCGUGGCAUUCAUUGCUUACUGGAGGUUCUUUUCACCCACUCGCUGUGGCUCUGAGUCGGGGAUAUCCCCAUGGCUGGGCUUCGAGCUACUCAGGGACAGCUCGCCCCCACGUGAACCUCCCUCAGCUGACACCCGUCUUGAAGUUCUGGUACCUGCUCCAUGUGCUGCCACAGCACCUGCUACAGCAGCUGAGACAGCAUUUGCUACAGUGCCUGUUACGGUAGGUGUAGCAGCAGCAGGCAGGGGCACAGCAGGGGCCACAGGAGAUGCAAAAGCGGAUGAUUCGGGUGGGAAGGAAGGCUAG